AUGUCUAAAUAUAUUGGUGCAAUUGACCAAGGAACAACCUCAACUAGAUUUCUGAUUUUUGAUCAGGCAGGAAAUCAUAUUACAUCCCACCAACUUGAAUUUGAGCAGAUAUAUCCGCGUCCAGGUUGGAUUGAACACGAUCCGUACGACCUUUUGGAUUCGGUUAUUCGUUGUUCAGAUGAAGCUGUCAGAAAGUUUGGUAUGAUGGGUUACAAUAUUACAGAUUUAAAAGCUGUCGGUCUUUGUAAUCAACGGGAAACAACUCUAAUUUGGGAUCGUAAGACUGGCGAACCAUUAUACAAUGCAAUCGUUUGGGGUGACACCCGCACAAACUAUUUAGUCAAGGAAUUGGCAGAUAAACAAACAGAAAUCAAUGUACAAGAGAUUUGCGGCUUACCGAUCCAUAAUUAUUUUUCAGCUGUCAAAGUAAGAUGGUUAAUGGACAGAAUUCCAAAAGUAAAAUAUGCAGUCGAACACAAACGAGCUAUGUUCGGUACUGUAGAUACAUGGUUAAUCUGGAAUUUGACAGGUGGUAUACAAGGAGGAAAGCACAUUACAGAUGUUACCAAUGCUAGCCGCACGAUGUUUAUGAAUUUGAAAACUCGAGAAUGGGAUAAGCGCCUUUUAGAUUUCUUUGGAGUGCCAUCACACAUUCUACCAAAGAUUGUAUCAUCAGCAGAGAAUUACGGCAAUAUGGUAUGGGGGCCUUUAGAAGGUGUCCCUAUUAUGGGUUGUUUAGGAGAUCAACAAGCAGCCCUUGUCGGUCAUAAAUGUUUCGAAAUUGGUGAAGCGAAAAACACAUAUGGUACUGGUGCUUUCCUACUGAUGAAUGUAGGCGAGUCGCCCGUCAUGUCGAAAAGUGGAUUACUAUCGACAGUAGGAUAUCAGUUUGGAAAAGAUGGACCUAUGUCAUACGCAUUAGAAGGUUCCAUUAGUGUUGCUGGUGCUGCCGUUAAAUGGUUGAGGGACAAUUUGGAACUGAUUAAAACAUCAGAUGAUAUUGAUGCUUUGGCAGCAAAAGUAAAAUCAACAGGCGGCGUUUUCUUUGUUACAGCCUUUUCUGGUCUGUUUUCACCUUAUUGGAGAGACGACGCACGCGGAACAUUAGUUGGUUUAACACAGUAUACGAACAAAAGUCAUCUUGCCAGAGCAACCUUGGAGGCAGUUUGUUUCUCAACAAGAGCUAUUCUAGAAGCGAUGAAGGCAGACGGAGAUGUACCAUUGAAAAUGCUAAAAGCAGACGGCGGUAUGUCUAAUUCAGAUCAAUGUAUGCAAAUUCAAGCGGAUGUUUUAGGAAUACCAGUGAUACGUCCUGGAAUGCGUGAUACAAGUGCAUUGGGUGCAGCUUAUGCCGCUGGUUAUGCUGCAGGAAUUUGGUCGAGUAUUGAUGAUAUUAAAAAGGUCUCCGUUGACCGUGAAGAUCUUUUUAACGCCAAAUGGGAUGACGACAAUCGUGAACGUAAAUACAAACAAUGGGAAGAAGCGGUUCAAAGGAGUUUUGGCUGGACAGACGUCUACAAACCAGCAGAUCGCAUUCUUUAA